UGAACGGAAUUGUAUAAUUGUACGGAUCGUAACUUUGACAUUCGCAAGAACUUUUUUUCCUCUGAACUAAGGAAAAUAUAUUUUUGUUUGUCACGUUAAAGAUAAUGCAAAAGUAAUCAUAAAUCGCUUUAAGAAUCUGUUUAAAAAGAUGGCAUCAGCAUUGGAGCACUACGUGAACAAUGUUUGCUCAUACAGCGCAUCUGGAAACUAUCGUGAACUGAUUGAUUAUUUGAACGGAUCAACGGAAUUAUUAGCAAAGAAUGGCAAUAUCUUAGAUAAUGUUUUAGAAACGUUGGACAGCCACCAGCAUUCGCUCGGAGUGCUGUAUGUUUUGGUUGCCAAGUUUACGAAUUUACCGGCGAAUAAUCCUGCUCCUGCUGAUGCUGAACGCUUAAUCAAACUUGUUAGAGAUUUCAUAGCUGGCUGUAAUCCGGCACAAGUACGGCUAUCGUUACAGACUUUCGGUGAACUAUGCCACUUGUUCACCAGUUACCUUGUCAAGCGCAAUGACAGUAUUCAGGGAGUUAAAAUUAUGGCGCAAGCGGUUGAAAAAAUACGUGGUUCGGAUACUCAAUUAACGUCUGUUCACGCCGACCUGUGUCAACUUAGCUUGUGCGCGAAAAUAUUCAAUUCGGCAAUCGCGUGCCUAGAUCUGGAUAUCACAUCGAUUGCCAGUACUGAGGACGGCAAUCACGACGCCAAAUAUUUUCUACUCUACUACUACUACGGUGGAAUGAUUUACACUGCGGUCAAAAACUAUGAACGAGCAUUGUAUUUCUUUGAGGUAGCUAUUACGACACCAGCCGUCGCCAUGUCACACAUUAUGCUCGAAUCAUACAAAAAGUACAUUUUGGUGUCGUUGAUUCUGCACGGAACGAUCAUCCCAUUUCCCAAAUCGAAUUCGUCUCCGGUUAUAUCGAGAUUUAUGAAGCCACUGAGCCAUGUAUAUUAUGAAUUAGCGAAAGCUUACGGCACAUCGUCGAGUGAAGAGCUGCGUGUGGUUAUCAAUAAGAAUAGGGACGUUUAUACUAGAGACAUUAAUUUAGGACUGGUGAAACAGGUUGCCUCAUCGCUAUACAAGAAAAAUAUCCAACGAUUAACAAAGACAUUUCUCACACUUUCACUGGCCGAUGUUGCUAGUAGAGUUCAACUGUCCGGGCCAGCCGAGGCGGAGAAGUAUAUUUUAAAAAUGAUCAAAUCUGGCGAAAUAUUCGCAUCAAUAAAUCAGAAGGAUGGAAUGGUUGUGUUUAAGGAUGAUCCAGAAAAGUAUAAUACACCGGAGAUGUUCCUUAAGAUUCAGCAAGACAUUAGCAAAGUAAUGGAUUUGCAUAAACAAAUUGCGAUUAACGAGGAGAGUAUCAUGCUCAAUCCACUGUACGUGAAAAAGGCCACUGGAAACCAGGACGAUGAAAUUGGUAGUUGUCAAUCGAAAUCAUAUGCAGGGGAAUUUCAAUCGAGAAUAGUCGCACGCCAGAUAGGUGACCACCACGGACACAACACGCUAGACGAUACACAAAAUGAUAACAAUUAUGAUGAUGCCAAUGAAAACAAUCCAAUCAACCGUUUUCUUUUUUAUUUAAACGUGUGCGUCGCAAUGAUUGUUGCCGGCACAGUUCUGUUUAGUUCUGGUGCGUAUGUUAUCGAUGAAUUCGUCCAUCGACAGCCGUGAAUGAUAACUAAAUCGAAAAAAAACUGAAUUUAGGUACGCAUCGUGAUACACAAUUGAAUGUUGUUUUGUCCGUCGAUAGAAGGUGUCGUCGUAUUGGUUUUAAAGGGGUUGUCCAUUCGUGUCUUCUUGUUCUGCAUGAAACUGAUCAUAAACGUCUUUGUUCCCUGCUCCAUGCGAAAGUUGACCAUUACAUGGCAGUUUGU